CUCAUCGAGACAGCAACAUUUACGUGUGGGUGUUAAGCCUAGUUGAUUCAACCGUGAUGUUAGCUGCUGAUUUGCAUGUGACAAGAUUUGCAGUGAACAAUACUGUACAGAUAGCACUAACUUUGUCAAUUGAGGCGUUUUUUGGGGUCUGAAAAGGAGAAAGGGAAGCGGAGAGAAUUAUAGAUGAUGGCACAAGAUAAAGAAUCGAAAACUCUUUAUGAAUUAAUUUUGAAAUAUUUUCUACCGAUGCCAGUGGUAGAGAACGAAAAUGUGAAGCACAGAGUCCGCGACCGAUUAACAACCACCAUGGUUGAUGCAGGAUUACAAAAUCUUUCCGUACCGUUGCCACAAAACCAAUCCCAUGUAAGUUCCGGAAGUCGCUUGGAUGGGUUUUCGGUCCCUGAGCACAUCGUUGUUUCAACUGCAGGUUCUGCAGACGGUUCGACUUAUAAACCGUCCUACGAGGUGUCUGACAUGGAUGAAAUGACUGUUGUUGCCAACCUCUUUGUUAGCAAAGAUGGUGUCUCCAAGAGUAGAAUAUUUAAUACAGAGCCUACAAGUAACCCGCUCUAUAUACGACUUCGUCUUACGAAAGAAUUUGUCAGACUUGCAAGGGAAGAAGGGUACACUCUAUCUAGGACUGACUAUUUACGAACUCGGGCAGCGACGGACACUGCAAUGGAGAACGUGACGUCCACCGCAAAAGCUAUGCCCCCGGAAUCGCAAUCUCGGGAUACACAUGUGACAGACAUACAUGGGCCAGCUGCUACAUCCGUGACUGUCAUUCCUGAAGUUGCAUACCAGGCAGAAUUGAGUCGCGACAGUGUCCUAGCCUUCCGUCAUAACCUGUGGCCAGUAGAAGCCUGGAUACACAGACACCGAAAAAGCGGCUGGCCAGAUAAAGGUUUGGUCCAUCAAUGUGUUUCAGCUGGAUGCUACAUAGUUCCCGUUGGUCCGGGGGGAGUCCAGGGUCUAGAAUGGCGCUAUUCGUUCACUGCCCAGGAAAGACUUUUGGCGAACUCGUUAACUUUGUUGCAGAGGAAAGUUUACAUGCUUUUGAAGCUUAUUCAGCGUCAUUGUGUCCUUGAAGAAUUCCCUAGCACUGCUCUCAGUUCCUAUCAUUUGAAAAAUGUAUUUUUCUGGCUAUGUGAAAAAAUUCCGAGUAGUCACUGGACCGGAGCAAAUAUGUAUCACAUAUUAGUCACAUUUCUUGAUGAAAUGUUGGGUUGUCUUGUUCGGGGAUGUUUACCGCAUUAUUUUGUGCCAGAGGGUAAUCUUUUCGCUCGCGUGCCCAAAGCACAUCUCCGUCAACUUGCCCGUUCCGUUAAAAAAUCGAGAAAUAAUAUGUUUAAGGUUCUAGUCACUUUGGGCAUUAAAGUCAAGUUUAUUGACCUCUAUAAUGCAAGAAGCCCUAUGCUUCUUUUCAUUCAAUCCCUACAAAGUCGUCAACCUACGGCGACUUUUCAGCAAAUUCUGAUUUCAACCUUAGGCACCUUAACGGACGAUUAUAUGGGCCUGAUCAGGCUUUGGCUUGGUAAAAUCAAGGAAGGCCACGUAAAUCAACCAGGUGGUUUAAAAAGCAAGAAUAACGAAGAAAAAGAUCGAAAGGAACAUGGACUGCAACAACCGGAAGAUAGAGCUUCGGAAACUACAGGGGAAUGGAACCAUUACCAAGGACUGUAUCACAUCGCCCUAAAUAACCUGACUGAGUGUCUUCAGCUGGCAGUGUGUGACAUGGAGAACUUGAGGAUGAACGCAGCAUGUCAGCCCCAACACACGAGGGAAUUCCUGUUGGCAGUGAUGAUGAAAUAUAUGGCAACUCAUUCCCUAGAGCCAAGCAUCGUGGUGUGGAUCUUCACAUACAUAAACUUUAAAACUGAAGAGCAUGUGGACGUGAAGUCGACUUUGGAGAAUUUGCUUACUCUCUGUGAAAAGAAUGACCCCACAACGCUUACACGCGAGGAAUACAAUACAUGGAAAUUAAGUGUAUUGACUGCUGCUGACCACCCUGUAGUCUCGGAAUGUCUGCCAAACGCAGAAUGGCAUAAGCGAAUGAUCAUGGCCACUGAUCCAAACAUACUUAAAUGCAUUUUUAAAGGUACGCUGAAGGCGGUCAGAGGAAUAGAUAUUGAUGCUUAAAAAACUAGAAAAGCACUUCGAGAGCGCAGACCUCCGCCAAGGCAGCAAUUUAUUAUUAUUAUUGAUUAU